AUGGCGGAGAACACCGGUCGCGCCGGCAAGAGCAGCGGCAGCGGCAGCGGCACCGGAAAGGGGGCGGUGUCGGCGGAGCAGGUAAUAGCUGGCUUUAACCGUCUUCGGCAGGAACAACGAGGCCUGGCAUCCAAAGCAGCUGAGUUGGAGAUGGAAUUGAAUGAGCACAGCCUAGUGAUUGAUACACUGAAGGAGGUAGAUGAAACCCGCAAGUGCUACCGCAUGGUUGGAGGAGUACUGGUGGAGCGCACUGUCAAAGAGGUGCUGCCUGCCUUGGAGAACAACAAGGAGCAGAUCCAGAAGAUCAUUGAGACACUGACACAGCAGCUGCAGGCAAAGGGAAAAGAACUAAAUGAAUUCCGGGAAAAGCACAACAUUCGUCUCAUGGGGGAAGAUGAGAAGCCAGCAGCCAAGGAAAAUUCAGAAGGAGCUGGGGCUAAGGCCAGCUCAGCCGGAGUGUUGGUCUCCUAG